UGUAACACCGGUAAACGCGAUGGCGGCAGCUGGCAUUCAGAAACAAACAUAUCACGUCAUACACUGCCUAUUACAAAAUGAGCGAGAUGUUGAUAUGGUGGAGACUGAUGGUCCUGAAGAUGAGAACUCAUUUGACCCUGUAAAAAUAGCCCAUAAGCUCAGGGAACUGGGUGACGAUUAUGAUGAGAAAGUGAUCCAGCCGCUGAUGAAGAAUGUACAGGGAGCUGCAGCCGAUCAGGUGGUGACUGUGUUUAGUGAUAGCGUGGACAGCUUGUGUAAGAUGUGGGUUGUGGAAAGAGCAGAAGUGGCCUCAGAGAAGCAGCUCCUCAAGGCUGCCAUCACACUGGGACUCUUUAUGAAGAAAAAUUGCCCUGCCAUGACGAAUGUAGUUGAGGUCGCUAUGAUGGGAUUCGUAAACAACCGUCUAACAAACUGGAUUGCAGAGCAAGGGGGCUGGGUAAGAAUACUUUAAUCAAAUUUGCUUUAACCACUUCCUUUAUGUAGUCCAAGACCAAGAGGCUUGAGUAUGUCUUCAGAAGGAUUCGUCUGCUCACAUAGAGAUCACUUUCAAACCAAGCAGCUUUUCUAAUGGUCAACGUGGCAAAGUCAUGUGACCAACUUGAACAUGAGCGAAAUCUGCACUGGGAACUUUUCGCCCUCAUUCGAAACUCCCAUUCGCACUGAUUACUACUGAAAUUAAUGGAAUUUCGCAGAGCAAUGGUAAAUGUGACCCCAUAUUAAAAG